GCGUUGGAAGAAGUCUCGUUAAUCUCCGCUCGGACCUUGGAGGGUUACAUUUACCCAAAACUUAUUUUCAAAUGGGCCCCGUCGCCUAGCGUUUACUCCCCCAGCCUCGCCGACUGAGUUGAAUUGGGUGCUACCGAACAUCGAGCACGUCCGGGUCCCUGAAAGGUUUCCAUCAAGCACAUUGCACAACGACCAACUACAGUAGAAUGGCAGCUAUUCCAGCAGGUGGAUCUCUCGUGGCGACCACUGACUACUACCGAAGGCGCAUUGGCUCUACGUCCAGUAGCAGCUCUUGCGGCAGUUCGGAGUACAGUGGAGAGGUCAUCCCUCACCAUCCAGGACUCCCCAAGCAGGACUCUGGACAUUGGUGGUCCAGUUUCUUCUUUGGGAAGCAGCCUGGGAUGACCCCACUGACUGAGGAGGCACAGCAGAAGGCGGGGGUCCAAGGUGUAGUGACGAACGGUCAGAUCACCUGCGUUGCUAGGGAGAUGGUGAUGCAGCGCCAGGUGAGUGAGAGCAGCGACGCAGGAAGCCCCACCUCCUCCUGAUCCCGCAGCCUCACCCUGACCUCGCCGCGCCUCGGGGGGACCGGAGGGGGGUAUCGAACCAACGACCAACGCUAGGUGACGGGAGGAAAUCCCGUUUACAACCUUAUUAGUUUCUUUUUAUAUUAUUAUUCAUCGUAGUUACAGGCUGCCUUACCUGUUUUUUUGUUUCUGUAACCUUUUUUCUUUCUUUUUUUUUAUUGACAACAAAAAAAAACAAGAAGUUAAAAUAAAAUGUAAAAAAAAAAAAAAACAAGACGAUGAUGCAACUGAUGAACUCCUUUUGUGUUUUUUAACAUUUGUACUGUGUUUGUUAUACUGUGUUGCUUAGACACACUGUGGUGCAUUCACAUCCACAUGCCUUUGUUAAACAUUUUUCACUUUUGUCACCCUGUGAUUGCAAAUGCAAUAAAGUAGACUCUUGCAGCCUAAA